AUGGACUAUUUUCACAUAUGUCUCGAAAGCGUGCGGAAGCUGUCGGUGGGCAAAACGAAACAUCUGAUGUUGAAAGCUCUGGCGGAUACUCUGGGUGGUUACUUACGGGUCUACAUUCUGCCCCUUACGAGACACUCGUAUUACGCGGGGAACAUCAAGUAUCGCAACGUGAGGAUGCUGUUCGAGCUUUUCGACGAGCUGAAAAUCUUUCUUCGGACGAACGGCGCCGGCUGGUCGAAGCCUCGUCGAAACGCUAACAAUGUCAGGAUUCCUUCCAUCGUAAUUACGCCGCCAAAAACUUCAGUCGCGUGUAACGGGCUUAUCACUUACUCGGCGCCUUUCGAACGCGGUGAUUAUCGAAGCUUCGCGUUCAGAAAAAAGAAACGAUCGACGAUGAUGAAGCGGGGACAUUCGAGACGUGCAGUCGACGGCUAUAACGAAGCUACAACGAGCGAAGUCAUAGUACCACUUCCGUUUCUCGAUAACGAAAUAGAACCCAACAGCAUCGCGUUGCCCUUCAAAACCGACAGCCUGCAAUCAUUGUAUUCAGAAAAGUCGGCUUUCGCACUCGUAAAGUACUACAUCGCUAGCGUGAAAUGCAUUACCUCGCGAUCGAGCACGAGAACGCAGCUCCAAACGUUCAACAAGGACUUCCACGCUUGGCUGCAACAAUCUGUGCGACGACACCUGGAUGACGAAAAGUGGUAUCCAGCGUUCGGAGGUGUUCUGAGAGUAAUGGCUACCUUGCGGGAAUCAGGUAUAAGUAGCGGUAUUGCGAAGAGCAAGACAAGCGGAACAUAUCAAGUUAUGCCCAAAGGUGUGGAACGUGCUAGUCAGGCGGACAAGAACGUGUUGUCGCUUUAUAAAGAAAAGGGAGAAAGUAGCGUAAUGACAACUACGGAAAUCGUGAUUAUAGCGGUGGUAUCCGCAUUGGUAAUAUGGUUGCUGGUGGGUUUGAGCUUGGUGUGCUACAGAUUCCUCACUCAUAAUUCCGAGAGAUGUCCGCCGUGCGAAUCGAAAACAACUCCAUUUGCGGUUCUGUAUAAGAAUGCGGACUAUUGCCAGCCCGAUACAUGUCCCUCAAAGCCAUUGCGCAAAGGCGUGGUUGAAAAAUUAAAGGAAUGGUGGAGGAAUAGGUUUGGACGAUGCCCAGGAGGAUGCCAAGAGCAUGCGGACGAGGAGCGUUGCUUAGCCGCAAUCAGUUACAGCAGCAAAGAUACUGUCAGCAGUAGCAGCAGGAUUUAUCCAAGGAAGAAAUACACUAAAUCUACGUCCGCUUUGCCAUCAGGGAUGUUCAGAAGUCGUACACAUUUCAAACAUAGUGUUUGCUAUAGUUCCGAAGGAUCAACCACUUACUCUGACAGUCCAGCUAAACCGAGAUAACAAUUGCAAU